AUGUUCCAGAGAGCCCUAGCCUUAUUUUUCGCAGCAGUUUUUGUGGACUGUUUGCCUCUAACAGAGCCAACAUACCACUUGAAACUAGUGGGCCAGCUUCUCUGCAAUGGGACCUCCAUCAACGGCUCUGUAGCGCUCUUUGAAAACGGCGGUAAAAUUUACAUCAAAAUAUCAAAAAAAAAAAUGAUUUUAGCACCAAGAAAGGUGGCUUUGAGUGAUGUUGAGGCUGGCGAGGAUGGUAAAUUUGAAAUCGAGGGAAGUUCCAAGCUUUGGUCCAAGGAGCAGCCUCUUUUAUGGAUUUAUCAUAACUGCAAUGGUAAGUGCUCUGAUUAGAGGGGAUUAGAUAUUUGACCGCGCUAUGCAGAAAUAAUAUUACGUCAAUCGCGUAAUAGAGAAAAUUUUGUAAAAUACGGUAAACGACUAAGCGUCUUCAAAAAGUUGAAAUAAAAUUACUUUAUGACCAAAAAAAUUCAAACCGCGUUAUGCAGAAACAUUUUUUUUAUUUCGCGUUAUACAGAAACAUCCCGUGUGAUACAGAAAAAUCCGGUAAAAAUCAACAAAUCUGAAUAAAAAAUACGAAAAAAUAUAUUUUAGACCCAAAAAAUUUAGAGGGCAGCGUGCGCGUCAAAGGCUCUUCCCAUUGCAUGUGUCAUCAGUCUGUCGGGAAAAUAGCGAGCGCCCUGUCGCGUCAAAAAUCGCAACCGUGCAUUUUACAUUUGGCACUGUUCAACUGUAAUGGCGCAAGCUUUUUUUUCAACUGCUCGUCACAGACAACUGCACAUUGCAAGAUGGUUCAAAAUGCACAGUGCGCGCGCCAAAAAGUCCACGCACUUUUGACAAAGCGAGUCUACGCACUUUUGAAUAAAUCUGAAUAAUCGAAAAAUAGAAUUUUAGGGUCGUAUGAGGGCAAUUCGCACUUUCAUAAAGUUCAUGGACACUUGUUUUCUUUCGCACAGUGCAUUUUCAACUUUUUCCCACGCUUUUCUCCAACGCACAGUGCUAACCUAAAAAAAAGCCGUUUGCACGGUGCAAAUUCGCUUUUGUCGCAGCGACACUUCAAAUGCACAGUGCGAAAACGAAAAAAGUGAAAUGCACAGUGCAAAAUGGGGGUUUUUUGUGCACGGUGCGGGCUGACAAAUGUCUAUGCACUUUAUAAAAAUUUAAUAUGAGCCUGUCGGGAAAAUAAUAAGAACUUUGUUGCAUCGAUAAUCGCAUUGCCGCUGAGAAAAUAUAUGAUAAAUUAUGUCGCGGAAAAUCAACAUGCUUUUCACUUCAGCGACGCGAUAGGCGACAUUGCGCUCAUAAUUUUCCCGACAGACUAAUGCAUAUUAAUACGUAUUUCAGGAGAAUACGAAGUCACUAAACGAGUGGUUUCCGCAGCUCACACUUCGCUGGGAAUUCCCCAAACUUACAAAGAGGAGUUUGAACUGUCGCAGGCGACGGACAACAAGCAAUCUCACAAGAUUUUCUUCCCUAUUGGACUUCUUUUUCGCACUGUAAAUUCCGGGCUUGCUCUUGCGGAUACCAUCAUACGGAAAGUUUAUUAUUAA